ACGAGCAAUUCAGUGUUGGACGUGUCGUGUAUUUGAGCAGACCCCGGUGAGAAGAGUGUAAGCAAACACUGCUGUAUAUAUAUAAAAAACAUUACGUUCAAUCUUCACUUUCAACAGAAGCAUGCAACAUUCCAGUAGGAGUUUCUGCAUCGAAUCCUUAAUCGCAAACCAGGAUAAUUACACACGGAAAUUAUCCAGAGACGACGAGGAAGAAUCAACAUCAGACACCAGUGAAAAUGAAAGGCCUAAAAUGAGUCCCCAAAGUACACCUUUCUCCGUCAAUGAUAUCUUAAGUCCUGGAAAAUUCUCGCGAGAACGAAACAUGACGUAUAGUACAGUUGAGCGUGAAACUAACAAGGUUGUCUGGCAUCCGUGGAUGUCUGCAACCCGCUACAACAGACCUCAAAAACUCUUGCAAGGGUCGGAAAAACGCAAAAGCGAGGACGAAGUAAGUAUAGAAGAUACAGAAAAAGAAAGCGAAGAGUCGGACUCCGCUGAUGAUGUAAAAUCGUGUAUGGGGAAAAAACGAAAACGAACAUCUGACAAAAACGGUAAAGAAGGAAAGCCACGUCGAGCAAGAACUGCAUUUACUUAUGAACAGUUGGUCGCGUUAGAAAACAAAUUUAAAACAACCCGAUACUUAUCAGUAUGUGAACGUUUGAACCUAGCAAUGUCGCUUAGUUUGACAGAAACGCAAGUGAAAAUUUGGUUUCAAAAUCGACGAACAAAAUGGAAGAAACAAAAUCCUGGAAUGGAUGCAACAGCUCCAACGAGACCUUUAAUGACAACUCCAACACUGGCACAAUGUUCUUCACCGUAUAUGCUAAACUCUACACGUCAUUUCUUUCCUACAAGUUUUCAAGCCACGGGAAUACCAUUUAUGUUCCCUAAAUCCCAACCUGCGUAUCCUCACUUCUAAAAACGAUGGCUCACAUAAAUCAAUUAUGGUUUUAAUAAAAUGAUAUGAUUCGUUUACUUUUGUCCACGAUCAGACUAUUGGUGAUCGCAAAUGCUGCAUUGUUAUAGAGAAUGGCAGAUGAAAGCGGAGAAUGAAAGAAUUGCGAGAAUUUUGGGUUGACUUGAGUCAAUGCAUACAUCAAUCGAAAUUGGAAAAUGAGAGAUGAAGAAUUUGAAAACAAACUGCAUUUAUCUUUUAAAGACAGAAUUAUCUGGGCGACAGUUUUCAAUGAAAAACUUUACAGAUACGGCAUCUUAGCUAAGUGCAGAGGGCUUCACCGAAAAUUCCGUCUAGACACAUUAAAAAUGUACAUUAUCUUAAAGACGUUAAUAUUUAUUCCAAUUCUAAUAUAAUUUUUCUAGAAUUAAGAGUUCUUGUCGAAAAAAAAGUUCGUAAAUAUUGUAAAUAUCCAAUACAGACAUCUAUCUCGUCCAUCUGAGAACACCGGAGAGCACCGCAAUAAUAUCAUUGAUAUUUCAAUAAACACAGUUAAAAAUUUUUCAUUAUAA